AUGCUGCUCCUCGACCCCUCUUGGUUCGACUCCCUCGGCCCGGUUUGCUCUCCUUCCGAAUCGACCGGACCGCGGUCCCCGGACGAGCAGCGCAUGCUCCGCCGCAAGAUCUCCAACCGCGAGUCCGCCCGCCGCUGCCGCGUGCGCAAGCGCCGCCGCUUCGAGGAGCUCCGGACCGAGUCGGACCGCCUCAUGUCUCUGAACCGCGACCUCGCGAACCGAGCCGGGUCCAUGUCCCACCGCUGCCUGCUAUUCCGACACGAGAACCGCCGGCUCCGGCUGGAGUCCGCCUCCCUCGGCCGGAGGCUCUCCGAGCUCCGCCAGCUCAUCCUCCUCCGACGCGUGUUGACGGCGGCGCGCGGUGGUUUGAUUCACGAACAAGCCCUGGCGUCACUGAUGACGUGA